CAUGCGUUCCACAACGCAUGCUCAACGCGCAACAGUUUGCAUAUCACCUCGUUAUCACGUGGCUCUAUGUUUUUGUAUACAUUACAUCGAUGGUUUUGAAACGAAGUAUUGAGAAUAAUGAAACGAGGCCCUUAUAAAGAACAUUUGAAAAGGACUGGCGACCUUCCUCUAUCGACAGACUAUUCUCGAAAGAAAAGACGAGUUGGUGUUGGUGAAUGUAGUACGGGCAAGAGAACGACAUACAAUGAAGAGGUUAUGUCCCCUGAUGCACGUAAUGGACUACCGUUUGAUGAUCUGCAUGAAAAUGAAGAUUAUGUAAAUCAACAGGAACUACUAGACCAUUUAUGUAUUGCAAAUCUUGAUAAUAUUGAUGAUAGUAAUUCAUCGGUUCAAGAAAUUGAUGACAGUGACCAGCAAAGUGAUACAAGCAUAAGCGAUGAUAAUAAUGAUUAUGACAGUAUUGAAGAGCACAAAUCAUCAAGUGUUAGCGAUUUCAAUGAAGGCUCCGAGAAUUUCGAAUCAGAUCAGGAUGAAGAAAAUUUUGAAGAUGAAAAUAUUAAUGUUGAAAAGCGUUGUCCCAAUCAUGACGUACAGUGCCGACAAGUUUUAUAUGAGGGCUGCGAUUUAACAAAAGAAGAAAGUGUACUUCUAAUAAUGAGUGUAGCCUUACGUCAUCAUUUCACUGAUGCAGCAUUACAAUCUUUCAUCCAAACCAUUGAUUGUCAUCUUCCUCGCACAUGUCACGGUUCGAAAUAUCUAUUUUGUAAAUCUGUACCAAAGCAGACUUAUCAUGUAUAUUACUUUUGUCCACAAUGUAUACUUAUUUUACAUGUUGACAAUGACUGCAUUACUGUAAAAUGCGAUAAUUGUUCUGAGCAGUAUAACCCAUCACAGCUCAAAAAAGAUGGAAAAUUUUUUAUAUAUAUACCGCUGAAAGAGCAACUAAUCGAGUUAGUUAAUUCUAAGGUUUUUAUGCAAUUUCGACAGGAAAACGAAAAGGAAAGUGACGUUAUCAAUGGUAAAGUGUACCGUAAACUGAAAAGAAAAAAUAUUAUAGGGGAAAAUGACAUUACUAUUCAAUGGAAUACAGAUGGCGUACAACUUUUUAAUUCUUCCCUAUCUUCUUUAUGGCCAAUUUUGGUAACAAUUAAUGAAUUGCCUUAUCGUAUUCGAAAACAACAAAUAUUGCUAACUGGUUUAUGGUUCCAAUCAAGUAAACCUCCAAUGAAUGUUUUUCUCCAACCUUUUCUUGAAGAACUGAUAGAUUUACAUUUUAAUGGCUUUGAAAGCACGACAUUCAUUCACCAAGAACCAAUUCUUAUAAAAGUCCAUACAUUGCUUGCUCCGGUUGAUUCUGUUGCCAGAUCAGCCAUUCAGGGUAUAAAGCAGUAUAAUGGAAAGUAUGGGUGCCCAUAUUGUUAUCAUAAAAGAAAACAAAUUUGUAUAGAACAAAAUAGGCGAAAACGAGUAUACUGUGGCAAUAUAUGUACUUUACGUAAACAGAGCCAUUACGUGCGUCAUGCUGAAAAAAGUCAAGAAAAAAAUAAACCAGUUAAGGGCGUCAAAUGGCCAUCAAUUGUUACACUUAUACCACUGUUUAACGUCAUUUCAUCAUUUCCGCCGGAAUAUUUGCACAGCCUGGCAGAAGGUGUAAUUAAACAAUUUUUGAUGGCAUGGUUUGAUUCUAGCAAUCGUGAGAAAGAUUGGUCCUUACGUAAGCACGAAGUGCUCUUUGAUAAAAGAUUAAUGAGCAUGAAACCUACCUCCGAAAUAACUAGAACACCUCAAUCAAUAACACAACGGAGAUUGUGGAAAGGUGCAGAAUACAAAAAUUUUGCUUUAUAUUAUUCUCUCAUAUGUUUAAAAGGGUUAAUGCCAAAUAAAUAUGUACAGCAUUGGUUGUUACUAGUUUACAGUAUGCAUGUUUUUCUAAGUACAACAAUAUCUCCUAAUAAUUUUAUCAUAGCUACGUUUGCGCUCCAAAAAUUUGUACUUGAUACUGAAAAAUUGUAUGGAGCAAUGUUUAUGAACUACAAUAUACACUUGAUGUUACAUAUUCCAAAAGCUGUAAAACAAUUUGGCGCUUUGUGGGCAUGGUCAACUUUUCCGUAUGAAGAUUUUAAUCAUACUAUACAAUCACUUUUUAACGGCACUCAAUAUAUUCCGGAACAAAUCUGCAAAUUUUAUUCUCGUAUAAGAUACGUAAAACAAAGUUCAGUUUUUGAUCAGCCUAAUUGUAGUAAAAAAGGAAAGGAUCUUUUUGAUUCUAUUAUAAAAGAAUGUCGAAUUAAAAGAUGCAUGGAAUAUGGAAAUUCUUUGCGAGCAUUUGGUUCUGCAAUUAUCAUAGAGUUAUCAUUAAUAGAAAAAAUAACUGUCGAACAAUUUUUGGGAGAAUCAGUUAAAAACAAAGCACUAGCUUAUCAGCGAUUUAUAUACCAAAAUAUUCUCUAUCAUGGUUCCAAUUGUACUCAACUAAAAAAAGAUGUAACAGUACAAUUUUAACUACAGAUAGAUCGUUAUUAGAUAUUCAAUAUCUAUGUAUAGCAGAAACAUCAGCAGGCAUAAAAAAACAAUUGUUAAUUUGUAAGGUAUUGCAAACACUGCGUGGUGAUGAAAUAUGUAAAAAUAGGAAUAUAACGUCAAAUCUUUUCUCUUACGUUAUAGAAAAAACAGACAUUAUUAAAUGUGUAUUUCCUUCUGCGAUUAGAAAGAAAUGUAUUAAUAUUCCUGUUUAUUCCACAAACAAUAUUAAUUAUGAUAAUAAUAAGCGAUGCAUAAUACCUCUUGUAAAUAAUAUAGAAACUGAUUGAAUUAUAUAAAUAAUAAGAAUUAUGA